AAGACCUCAUAGAGGAGGAAAGCUUUGUUUUUGAUGAGAAAGAAGAACUUCUUCGAAAAACAGCAGAUUUGCACUUGAAGAACACUGCUACGAUGUCAACGCCGAGCCUGCUGAUGACAGGCGACUUCGCCUCCCCUCUACAUUCUUCGCCAGGAGAUAACAUAUUGGAUUCUGCCACUCUAGGGGAUGAUUUUGAAGACGCGGAUCAACUCAUGCAGAGUGCUAAAGAGGGCGCUGAAGAUGUGACUGUGAAGAACAACAACAAGGCUGAUGUUGCCUCUAGCUCUAGAUCUAGUUGUGCGACUUCUACAACCACUGAUGUUGUUGGAGAAGCGGCCACGUGCACGUCUACGAAGCACCAGGACAAGUCUGCAUCUUCCACUGCUGAACAAUCUGAACCUCUUGACAAAGCAACAAGCAAGCAAAGGCGUGCGAGUCUCCUUGCCGCAAGCUUGAAUCUGCAAAGUCCUACUGCAGACGAUGAUGCUUUUCCGCCUAAGGAACAAGCUGGCCGUGAAGAGGACCACGAAAAUCAGGAUGCUGGCGCACUUCCCUUGACUUUGUACUUACGACUAGCGACUAGAACUCCUCUCAUUUUUUGCUUUUUAUCAUUUCGAAUGAGAUGUAAGAGACAGACCGAUAGAUCGUUUUCGUUUUCUUUGAGUUUGAUGUAUCUCCUCAUCUAAUUUGAUCUCCAUCACUCAACGACGAGACCAACAAUAUUGCAGAGGCUGGUGAGCACGACGAUCGACUUUCUAGCCCAACUGCAGGAACAGCUAAAGAGGAACAAGAUGUUUCUUCUCCUAGAAAUAACAAAAAUACCACUUCUAGUGCUUCAUGUAGUACAACCGCUGCCAGCACAACCCGCAGUCCUCCGAUCAUCACAACCUUGCUCUUCGAUCCUUCUGCGUUGAGUGGGCCUCUGGGUCAAGAUGGUCACGUAACUCUGGUAGCCGAAAUCGAACUGUUUCAAAACUGCUUACUCCAACUUCACCAUGAGCGCUGCUUGCCUACCGAAAGGGUGUUGCGUCAGAAAGUCCCCGCGUCGAUAUCAGCCAUCACCUUCAUCCGCAUGUACAACUUGUUGCCGGAAUACUGUGUGCAGAAGAUCGGGUUGUGGGCCGGUUCAUCGACUGCUACGAGUGGAGGUGCUACGGCGGGUGGAAGUAAUGAAGGAGGAGGCGCAAAUAAUGGCGGCGAUGGGGACGACACGUAUGAGGAAGUAGCAGGAAAACCGCGUUUGGUUGUAACUUUUCGUCGUACGUUGAAGGAGUUUGAAGGCAAAGGGUGGAUUUUUUGUGACGGCCUCAGCGAGAAAGACACACUAGAUGCUGGCCUGAACGACGUACGUGCGAUCACCUCUACUAGUGCCGUGAACAAGUCUCUACUUUGCCGUGCUUGGGCGAAUUUGUCAAUGAAAAUGACCAACAAGAAAGAACUAGUAGUUGUAGAAGAGGAAGAGAAAAACAACGUGUCUGCGGCUAAACAAGCAGAAGAUGGAUCCGAUCGAGGCCAGCAUGGGCAUGGUGAAGCAACUGCAGUGACGGAGACUUUGCCUUCUAUUGGGGAACAAGCUGAAGUAGGCCAAGAGUCUUCUAAAACGUCUGCAACCACAACUACAAACCCCAACACCAGCGAUAAAAAGAUUUCUUGUUCAGCCCUAAGUUACGCCUGGUUACUGCGUGAAGAUGGCCUCUACAGCACCGCCAGACUGCUGGUCGAGAUGGAACCAAGCCUGUUACCUGACGACAAAAGUGACGAAGUAACCCUUGGACACAUCUGUCUUGCACUACAGGAGCUUGCGAAAGAAAGAAAAAUUGCCUUUCGACGGCCUUCUACGACAUGUAGUGUUAAGAGGACCACUAGACUCUUAAUUCAUCUUUGAGAGCAUCCCUGAAAAGUAUUCUCGUCCUCGCGAUACUACACUUCAAGAAUGCACAGCAAAGAUGAAUUUCGGACACCCCUAAUGUUGACCCAAAAGGUGCCGUUCAUUGGGUACUAGAAAGCGACGUCUUGGAAGACGAGUUGGUGUCCGAGAAGGAAGCGGAUGAACACCGAACUGGAGGCCCACCAUCAGCAGGUGGAGGAGCUGGAUCUUCUGGAGGCACUAGCACAAGACCACUCACGACCACGAGAAAAGAUUAUACAAAGUCCUCGACGUCCGAAAGACCGGAAACAAAAAUUAACACCUGCCAUAACAACAAGAACAGCAACAAGAACUACACUAGGAGUCACAACGAAGAACAAGAUCGUGGACGGUAUUGGAACUACGCGAGAGACAGUUGUGGAAGUAGAAGCUAUUAUGAUCACAAAACAGGCAUCUGGAGACGGGAGGAUGAUUACCAUGACAGUUAUGACGGAGAUCAUGGAGAUGGACACUACUACUAUAGAAGCCAACAUUAUGGAGGUAGAGGUGGCGGCUCCGAUUUCUAUUCGUAUUCGUCCAUGUACAACUAUAACCUCCGAACUAGAGAUGAUCAUACUUCAGGUCGUGGAGAUGACUUCUACUACCAAGGAAGAUACUCCUACGAAGAUUUCGAUUCUUACGACUCCUACGAAUACGACUACUACAACUACAAGAACAACAUCAACCGUCGGCACUCGGACGAGGAUGAACCUGCGUACUACAACAAUCGUGACUACUCUUCCCAGUUUAAUAUGGAAGUCUCAUCGACGACGUCUAAAAAGUUUGAUACAACUUCUGUUAAGGCGAAGAAUAUAUGUGUCAGUGCUUGAGUAGUGUUUCAGUAGAGCUAGAGUGGAAGAAAGGAAAAUGCAAGUAUUCUCAUGCUGUUAGUAGAAAGAUAUCGUGCACCUAGCAAUGCAGUUCUUCUACAUAAUGCUGACUAAAAUAAAACAACCGGUUAGUUUUUACCUCUAUACAUAGGCUUAGCCCUUCAAACGAUACAUAAUGCUGAUGCACAGGCAUACUAAUCAUCUCUAACUACAUUAAAAGAGCAGGAGCUCCUUCUCGCACUUCUACCGACGUGGCGCAGCUGAGCACAAAAGAACGAUACAUCGAAGACGCACUUGUUUCUUCUUUAGAACAGUUGUUGAACCGUUACCCUGCUGGCCUGUCACUCGACGUAGUCGCAUCGAAAUUGUGGGAUCACUGUGGUUUGGAUCUACAUGGAUUGUUUGCGAAAUUUAAGGUAUAAGUAAAUUUUCUGAAGAUUUUUGAGUAAGUAGACUAGUACUAGGAGAAUAUGCAUUUACUUGUUACAACUGUUACUCCUUGGAAAUCUAAAUGACAUUUAACGUAUCUCGACGACCCUUCUUCUAACACCCUCGGCCUCCUCGAAGGAAGCAAGAUGCAACCUGGGCAGAGCGCGGAACGACGUGUCUCGAUCGAGCUCAUACAGAUGUUACAGAACUCGAGAGAACUCGCAUUUAUUUGCGAAGUCGUCAGCAAGUCUGACUCUUUUUGGAUUCAACCGACACCUAGACGCAAGAAAAUGGCGAUGGUGGUUCAGUAAUGGGUGACUGGUAGAGGUUGAUGAAAUGCUGGUAAAUAUGUUGUGUGGCGAGUACAAUGAUUCCUAUCAGAUAGGAACAAUAUUACAAUGAUAUUUCUGAAACUUUUUGUACUGGUCGUUUGAAGAAGAGUAGUAAGCAUAUUAGUAUUGCAGUAAAUUAAUUCACUUGAUGAUGUACAUGUAGUUUUCGUUUUCUGUUGCAGCAGAGAUUGAUCCUUUUAUUUUGAUCAUGAAAGAAAAAGGGUAAUAAUACAUGCGAAGACCUUGAUUUUUUCUCCGAUGAAUAAGUAAACUCGUACUUGAUGUUGAGCAGAGUUUCCGGAUCUUUAGUUUUACUACAUCGACCUUUUUUACGGACAACAGCACCCUGCUUCUAUCUAGUUGGUUCAACUAAGUUGCUUACAUAUUUUCACAGGCGGAGGUGGUAGUCAAAAAAGAUUCUUCUUCAUCAGGCUCAUGCGUCCUUUUUUGAUUCAGAUUUUCGAGUGUGCUGUAGCUCUACUACUAGAACAACGACUGCUCAUCUGCUAUACAAUAAUUGAUUGUGUAGAAACGUCUCCAAAGUGAAACUUUUCUAUGCUUUCCUAUUUUCCUAGAAAUUCAAAUUCUAUAAUUCAUCAAAAUGCUAACCAUAAAUUUUCAAUUUAUUUUGCCUUUAUUUGAAUUCACUAACAGGAACUUCAUCUACGUACAUUGGUUCUCCUGACAGGAGAGUGAAAGAAUCACAUAGCAUCCUAGAUGAGAAAAUUCAGAAAGAUAAACACCUUUAACGACAUCCACCUCUUGGGUGGGCGGCCACCACAUCAGGAAAGACUCAACCGGAAGAAACGCCAACGUAAUUUGAAUUCAUGUCCAAAUUUUAUGUGCUUCAUCAAUGUAACAGGGACGACAGAUUACAGAAACAGCCUCCUUUGUUUCAU